AUGGCGGUAGCUGCGGCCUUGCUUGGCCGGGCCGCGGGCCUGGGCCUGGUCACGGCCACGGGCGGGCGGCGGUUCCUCCGGUGCGGGACGGGAGCGGGGCUGCGCGAGCGGAGGACGGGGACUCUCCUCGACGGCACCGCUGCGUACAGGGUCGGUGGCGCGGCGGAGCAGUGCCUGUCUCGGGGGAUCAGCUCGGAUCAGCGCCCGAAGCGGCCCCUCACCGCUUAUUUUCGUUUUUUGAUGGCCAACCGUCCGGCUUUUAAGGAAAAAAACCCAGGAGCGAGCAACCUGGAACUGAUUAAAAAAUUAGCAGGUGCAUGGAAGGACUUACCAGCAUCACAGAAGCAGGUUUAUGAGGAAGCAAGAAAGACAGACUGGAAAAGAUACGGAGAGCAACUGGCUGCUUAUAAAGCCCAACUGACUCCAGCCCAGGCUGCAGCUUUGAAAGAGGAAAGGAGAAAACAGCUGGCAAAGAGAAGAUCAAUCAGGGCAAAAAGAGAAUUGAAUCUGCUUGGAAAACCUAAAAGAGCUCGUAGCGGCUUUAACAUUUUCCUGUCAGAAAAUUUUCAAGAAAGUGAGGGAAUUUCAGCUGUGGCAAAGCUGAAGAAACUAUUUGAUACGUGGCAAAAAAUGUCUACUUCCCAAAAGCAGCCAUACUUGCAGCUUGCUGAGGAUGAUAAGGUUCGGUAUGAGAAUGAAAUGAAAUCAUGGGAAGCAAAAAUGGUUGAACUGGGACGUGAAGACCUGGUGCGUUCUAAAAAGCAGAGGCUAAAAAAGAAACCUGCUGAAACUGCAAAGCAAGCUGAAACAGCCAAAGCUUCCUCAGCUGGAAACAAGGCAAAAUUAAAAAAACACGAAGAAUAAAAAAAAUCCCCUUUGGUUGUCUUAUUUCUGUCCUGCUGUGUUAAUGCGGCAGUCAGCAUUAGCACUGAAAUUUGGAAAAACCAUGAAGGGCCCUUUGGAAAGGUGAUCAGGUAAGAGAGGGUUCCUGUCUCUCAGAACUGACUGAAAUAAUCACUGCAGGUACAGCCUGAACUGUAGAACAGCAGUCAAUUAAUCAAGCUGUGAAUACUGAUACCUACUGACAGCAGCAGAGCUCUCCAGUAACAGCAGAUAAUAUCCAGCUUUUACAAGGUAUUUUUAUUGAAAAAAUAAAAAGUAUUCUUUCUUUAUGAAAGAAAGAAUAUUCUGCAAUGUUACCAUCUAAAUUCUGUAAAUAAAAGCUGAAAUCCGAGUUAACACUACUGUGUUUUAUUCCCUCCAUGUUAUUGCAAGUGUGAUGUUCUACAUUUUAACAACAGGCACAAGAAACAUAAAAUGUUACCUUUUCUUUUAUUCAUCCGUCUCUUUGUACCUGUUAAAGUGUAUAUACCACUUACGUUGCAUUUAAAGGCCAUAUGGGUUUUGUAUGAAUGUACCUUUAUUUGACCUUUAUUUUGUGGUUCUGUUUGGAUACAUACAAACCUUUUUGUCUUGCUGUUGUCACAUGUGAGAUGACCUAGAAGGAAAAGAAAAAAAUGUGAACGGUUUGGACUUUGAGUUUUGGUGUAAUAAAUACAGGUAUUUUAAAGAGGUGGUUGGUUUCUUUCCUGGGGUUGCUCCGUCUUAGUUAAGUCUCAUAGGUAUUUUGAGGAACCUGUUUUUAGAAUGCACACCAAACUGGCAGC